AUGCCGACUUCGAAUGCUACAUCGAAGGGAUGGACACGGUUGAACAGAAUCCAGACAAAAGCAGCACCACCCAAUACCAAAAGCACAACCCCAGAGAAUUCUGCUACUACAUCAAAUGCUUCGAUAACAGCAUCUACAAACCCAAACUGGCACACUACACCCAAAAAAUACGAAGGAGAAGAUAUUACUAAGAAACUCGUAGAUCUAUUGGAAAAAGAAAACUGUGACAUCUACGACAAGUUUAGGGACAUAACACCCCUCGAAAUGACAUCUGCAGACGUUGCAAACUACAAAAAUGCAACCAAAUGUUACGUGUGCAAUGAUGAAUUUACUCCGUCACUACACCGGAACGUACAGAGGUAAGGAACGUACGAUGAAACAACCCAAGUUUAUUCCAGUGUUGUUGCACAACUUAGAGGGAUACGACUCCCACCUAUUUGUGAAAAAUCUUGGGGUUAGCGAAGGUAAUAUCAAGUGUAUCCCUAAGACUGAGGAAAAAUACAUCUCCUUCAGUAAGGAAAUAGUCGUCGGCAAAUACGAAGAUAAAAAUGGUAAAACCAAACCAGUCAAACGCGAACUACGAUUUUUAGACUCGCUCAAAUUCACCCUUAGUUCGCUAGACAAGCUGACCGGAAAUCUGGGUAAAGACGACUUCGGAAACCUAAACCUAAUGACAUCCCACUGCACCGAAGAGCAGCGGGAACUCCUAAAACGGAAAGGUGUAUUUCCGUACGAGUACAUGGAUGGCUUCGACAAACUGGAGGAAAUAUCACUACCAUCAAAGGACAAAUUCUACAGCAGACUAAACAACGAAGGUGUCAGCGUUGCGGACUACGAAAGAGCAUGCAAUGUAUGGAAAACCUUCAACAUGCAAACAAUGAGGGAUUACCACGACCUGUACCUGAAAACAGACGUGCUGCUGCUAGUCGACGUCAUGGAAAAUUUCAGAAACAUCUGCAAAACACACUACGGGUUGGAUCCAAUGUGGUAUUACACAGCACCCGGACUUGCUUGGGACGCUGCGCUGAAGUUAACCGGAGUUGAACUGGAACUAAUAUCCGAUCCCGACAUGUACCCGAUGGUUGAAAGCGGAAUCAGAG